AUAAAAGAAAAUCAUUGGCUAAAUAAACUUCUAAAUCAUUGGCGACAUAAAUUAGCUAAUUCAGCUUCAGCUUCAGCAUCAGCAUCUCGAGGAUUGAUAGAUAGAUAGAUAGAUAGAUAGAUAGAUAGAUACAGGGCAAUUAAGAGAUGUUGAAGCCGGCAGCCAUCAUCAACUUCUUCUUCUUAUUCUUGCUGGCUGCCGUCCCUUCUCGCGCGCUCAACGUCGGCGUCCAGACUGUCAGCCCCGGCGGCGACUCCGUGGUCUGGACAAAACUAACCAAGAAUAUCAAUACAAGUAAGCAGGAGUGUAGUCGGACAUGCGAGUCGGAGCACUGCACAGUGCCUCCGUUCUUGAGGUAUGGGAAGUACUGCGGGAUACUGUACAGCGGGUGUCCCGGAGAGAAGCCGUGUGACGCCCUCGACGCCUGCUGCAUGACCCACGACGCCUGCGUCCAAGCCCACAACAAUGAUUAUUUAAGUACGGGGUGCAACGAGAACCUACUCAACUGCUUGGCGAGGGUGAAGGAGGGGGGGCAAACAUUUAGAGGUAACAAGUGCAUGAUAGAGGAGGUGGUGGACGUGAUUUCGCUCGUCAUCGAAGCUGCGGUGUUGGCCGGAAGAGUCCUUCACAAGCCAUAGUCCAUAACAAAGAGAAGAAUGAUAUUGAAGAGGGGAUCACACCAAGAAAUUGAGUAGCAGGUGGAGAAGAAUCACACAAGUGCUAUUUAAUUGGGUUCAUGGUUAAUUGUUUGUUAUUCUCAAUUGAUUAAGUGAUUAACAUAUUCCUGAUGUAUCAAUCAGUAUCAAUAAGUACGGGAAAUUGCCCUUUAAUUAUGAUGAAAUGAUAACAUUAUAGAAAGUGGAAAUAAGGGCUUGUUUGGUUGAUCAAGGUUGGAAUUUGAAUGGAUAAUGAAAUGAAAAUAAAUUGGAAUGAUAA